AUGGAGCGGAAAAAGUUGCAUAAAUCUGUGGCAGGACCAGUCCCGGGCACGGCACUGGCAUACUCGAUGCACAGAGGCGCGCUCCGAUCCGGUGGCCGUCGCGUUGGGCCGGCGCACCCCGCCUGCGGCACGCGGGCACGUCGACCGGCGCAGCAAAAAUCUGAUUUGGAUGUUCUCAUCGAAGACGGAUACUGUGAGCUGAAAAUUGUCAAGGCUCUAAGGUCUGAGCUGCGAGUGAACCAAGAGACGCUGCUGCAUCAUCUAGGAGAGGCCUGGUCUGCCAUGACUGUCUGGACUAUACCCCGUGCCAAAGAACCUGUCACCUUGACCAACGUCAGCCAAGUCCAACUCAAACUAGUUCAAAGUGAAAAUGCUGCUGUGACUGUCAAUGCCAUGAACCAGGUUGGAAUUCUGAAGAGCAAAAUGCACGUUUUCGGAAAGAAACUGAUGGAGUAUAUUCUGAAGCCGAUUGUGACGCUGUCAAAUGUUGCGCCAUCAAUUAACGCAGCUAAAAAGUCGCAGUCAACCACCGUUGGAUUCAAGGUGCUACCCAAGAGCUCUGAGGAAGCGUCCAAUCCCGUAGCUGUAUACAAGAGCACACUGGCAAUACUGAAAGCACUGAGCGGGCCGUUACUUAGCCUCAAGACAGAGGGUAAAAACGGAGAUGAGAACACUACGCUGAUGGCUAUGCUAGGGUUUAUUGCAGAAACUGCUUCUUCGCUACUGACCUACGCCAGAGAUGUCAAUGUCCAUUUUGCUAACAAAAAGUGUCAAGAGCUGAUAGUUGAAGCCGGCAAGCUGAUGAAGAGAGAGCUGCACAAUACAAAGAGAGUCGGUACAAUGAAGGUUGACAACAAGGACGUCAAAGAUCAAACACAAGAUGCCAAGGACAAGUGCCACGUCAGCGAGGGUAUCUUUGCACUGCCUGAGUGUGCAGUCAGUGAAAGCAUAGGGUGUCUUGUUAAUCUAGCCUACCAGACAUUACAAGAAGCUGGUAGUAACACACCACAAUGUGCCAUCCAACUGUUCUACACAGUGCGAAACAUGUUUGAGAUAUUUUGCGAUGUCGUACCCACAUACCACAGAGAUAGUCUGCAAAAGCUACCUCAGGUGUGCCCACUCCACCACAACAACUGCAUGUACAUCGCCCAUCACCUGCUGACGCUGGGCCAUCAGUAUCGUCAAUCCUUACCCCCACCCCUCUGUGACGGCACGUCCACAUUUGUCGACCUCAUCCCUGUCUUCAGGAAGCUGGCAUCCGAAUGUUUCUUGGCUCAAAUGAAAAUGAUGUUGACCUAACUCAGUCCAACUUGAAUCUGGCUGGCGGUCGGUCCUCCGGCUGUAACAUGGAUCUGAAACUACAGAACCAGCUGAGUAAAUACAUGUACCUAGCCCCAGAAUUUGACGUCGGUAUAGAUGAUAAUGGGGAAAUCGUCAACAUUCUUAAUGUCAUCAAGCUUUGAGAACGGAGUUGAGGCCAGACAGACAGGGGGCAUAGGAUCGGACUGCAUAUUUGCUCUGAGGUUAAACAACACGGUGACUCCACUAUGGAACCAGCCGUAUGAGGACCAGCUAUCCACCAAACAGACCAACACCAGGGAGUUUCUGAGGAAUUUAUCCAAGAUGCUGCAACGGAACAUUGGGGGAGAUGUCUCCCUGGCUUAAGCAACAAAGGAAGAACCACAGUGGGAUGGCAUGUGAGUUGCAGCCAAUUAAGCCAUCGCCAGUAUUAGAGAGCUAUCGCAACAAGUGUGAGUUUACCAUCGG